UGUGGUGUCAUUGAACAUUGAACACUUCGCUUCGUCAUAACCGCUGUCUGCUUGUCAUAAUCGUUUUAUAGAAUUCAAAAUUUUGGUAUUAUGGCUGGAAAAAUUUUAGCAAUUAAAGAACAGGUCAAUGCGUCGCUUCAUGAUACGAACAAACCAUGGACAAAAUGUUUCGAAGAAGCAGAAAAAAAAUCAGGUGUAGAUAGACUUUAUAUAUUUGUAGGUUUGAUCGGGAUAGUGGGAGCCUGGUUGGUAUUUGGUUUCGCCGCUCAAUUAGUCUGUAAUUUUGUCGGGUUUAUAUAUCCAGCGUAUGCUUCAAUGAAAGCAUUAGAGUCGAAAAAUAAGGAUGAUGACACCAAAUGGUUGACCUACUGGGUAGUUUUUGCUUGUUUUUCUGUAGUUGAGUUCUUUUCAGAUUUCAUUGUGGGAUGGUUUCCUUUAUACUGGCUCAUAAAGUGUUCUCUCUUCAUUUGGCUUAUGGCACCAGGAUCUUUCAACGGCUCCAACUUUAUUUAUUCCAAGUUCAUAAGGUCUCAUUUCCUCAAACAUCAAAAUUCUGUCGAUGAAGCAAUUGACAAAUUAAUUCAUGCAGGUGCUGAAGGUCUCUCAAAACUAGAGAAAAAGGGCGACUAACUUAAUAAAUGCUAAAAUUAUUCUCAAAGAUAUUGUGGAGCAUUCAACAUUUCAUAUUGAAUCAAAUAUCUUAUUAUAUUUGAUGAUACGAGCCUUUUAAAAGAUUCAUAGUCAAGAAGGCUAUGGAAUAUUGAGGGUUAACCUCACCUGUGUCUAUUUGAACAUGGUGCUAUAGGAGCUUAGAACUUCGUUCAAUCUGUGUAUUUCAAUUCCCAUAGCCUUAGUGAUGUAGAAUUUUUUAAAACGUUCCUUAUUUUUUUCACCAUCCCAAAAUAUUAGUUUUGGGUUGUAUAAAAACAUUGGCGAGAGUAUUAACACCAUAUUUUUAUUUUAAAUAAAAAGUAUUUAUUUUUCAAAUGGGGAAAAAAAUGGAUCGAAAAUCAUCGAACUUCUAUAUUCGUAUUCUGUAUUAUUCCACAUAAUAUAUUCUUUUCAGCACAGUUAAAUCAGAUAUAUACUUAUCUAAAAAUUAUUGUCGAGUCCUCGUGGAUCUUUCAUAACUUAUUAAUUUAUCUAUAACUGCUUUUAUUGUUGGUGGCCUAAAAAUGUUCCAAUUUUAACAUUUUCUUUGCAUAUGUGAAGCAUGUCAGGUACUAAAAUUAAUAUAAGUCGGCUUGAAACCACCGAUUGGGAACUAAUUUUAACUAUCAAUUAGCAUGGAUUAUUUUUCUGUUUCUUUUGUCCACUGAGUGAAUUUUUUGAUUUCAAAGGUGAAAUACUUUUUAAUUCUAUGGUAUGUAUAAUACUUGUAGUAUUAGAAAUUCAUGUUGCACACCUCAAAAAAGGUGUAAUCGAUUUGCUGAGGUCCAAAAUAUUUUAGGACAUUGAGAACUUCAAUGUAAUCGAAAAACUCUGCGUUUUAUAAAUAAGAAUUAACGAAAAAUCCAAGGGUUUUUUUCGGUUAACUUUGAUACUACACCAAAAAUUUGGCACCAUUAGGCGAAUCCGCGAUGUACGGUUUUUGUAAUUUUCAAUUCUCUCACUUUCAAACUUUUCUGGCCACCUUUUGUAUAUGUAUAUAUGUUUUUAUAUUGUUCCUCACUGUAACUUGGUUAUUAUUUCUGAAUUUUCAGUUGAACUUUAUACAGUUAAUCAAAUUGUACAGCCUCUUCAGAAUAAACGAACUAUAUAGGUUA